AUGCACGCUGUUCACUUUCUGACCCAUGUUUUGCCAUGGCCCUUAUUCAGCUGGUCCCCCAUGUCGUUGGAAGCCGUGACGUCCAAUACCCAGCACUCUGUACAGCGAUCUAUGUACUUCGAGCUCAAUCUUACAGCAGGCCGAGUAGAUGCACUCGGUGCUGGGCUACGAGACGCCAUUCUGGCCAAUAACAACUUCACCGGACCUACUUUACGCCUCAAACAGGGAGACAAGGUCAAUUUGAUUGUCCGCAACUAUCUACGGGAGGAUACAACAAUUCACUUUCAUGGCGUUGACCAACGGAAAACGCCAUGGAGCGAUGGCGUACCAGGGCUUACACAGGGCCAAAUCCAUCCUGGCGCGUCUUACCUGUAUCAGUGGACGGCAGAGCAAUCAGGAACCUUUUUCUACCACGCCCACUCCAAGGGCCAGCUCAUGGACGGGCUCUACGGUGCAGUGAUUGUCGAUGCACCAUCAGAGAUCGAUAGACCUUUCCAUCUCAUCAGCAACGACCCGAAAGUUCUACAGGCCAUGCGCAACGCGGAAUCGCGCUUGCAGCCGCUUCUCCUCGCCGACUGGAGCCAAUACAAAUUCAAGGAUUUCUACCACAUUGAGGAAAUUGCCAAUUUCGAUCUUGCCUGCACCGACGGCAUCAUCAUCAAUGGAGUCGGUUCUCAGUACUGUCUGGACCCAGAGUCUCUGGACAGCAUGACGAAUCCUAUCAUUCUCAAGAUGUUGCAAGAUCUUGGAGAGGACCAUAUGACGGCAAAAGGUUGCGUACCUCCCAUUCAAGCACUUCAAGGAGAUUAUAAUGUGCAUGUGGGCAGGCUGCCGGCCGAAUCUAUUCGGGAAUGCGUCGGCGGGAGGAACGCCCAAGGCAACUUCACCGUCAAGGUUGACAGCAUCGCUGGCUGGGCAGCCCUCACGUUCAUGAACGUAGGCGGUAUCUAUCCGUUGCAGGUGGCUAUCGAUAACCAUGAUUUGCAUGUUUACGCCGUUGACGGGCAAUACAUCAGGCCUGUUGUCGCGGACCGCGUCUACGUCGGAAACGGUAAUCGGGUGUCGGUACUGGUCAAACUUGACCAGGAGCCAGCCCGGUACACAAUACGGAUGGCGAAUGACCUUCUCAAUCAGAUCCUGGGAGGGUUUGCAGAGUUGGUGUAUGAUGAAGCGCCACAAGUGUCGACACACUCCAAAGCAAAGAUCAACUACGCUGGUCAACCCCUCAUCAAAGAUAUUCGCUCAUUCAAGCCUGAGGAUGGCCGCCCGUGCCCUACACAAAAGCCGGCUCGUCGCCCAAAUCGCACAUUCAAGCUGCAUUUGAGGAAGCCAGGUCGCCCUUAUAGAGCUUAUGAGUGGAGCUUGUCAGGUCAUGAAGUUUACAACAUGACAGCAGAAGAACAGAAUCCUCCUGUACUAUUCAGACGCCCAGACGAAGUUCCACAGAGCGAGCUUGUCCUUCGGACCCAGGUCGGAGAGUGGAUCGACAUUAUCCUGGAGACUGAAGGGCCCUUUGCGCAGAGCCAUCCUGUGCACAAGCACGGCAACAAAGUCUACUUUCUCGGCUCCGGUAUUGGGAAGUUCACCUGGGAUACGGUCGAACAGGCCGAACGUGAACUACCGUCGGGCGCCUUCAACUUCAAAAACCCAUCCUACCAGGACACCUUCACGACGCCUGACAUUGCCGGCGACGCGCCCGCUGUUUGGACUGUGGUUCGCUACAAGGUGGAGAGCCCGGGCGCUUGGCUUUUGCAUUGUCAUGUCCAGACUCACCACGCCGGCGGGAUGAGCGUUGUCAUGUUGGAUGGGGUCGACGAGUUUCCCAAAGUCCCGACGAACUAUCGAGAGUGGAACGGUUUUCAGCCGCCUUCUUUGGACGUCAAGUAG